AUGGAGUACCAAUCAAAUUCUUCAGAAACAGUUCAAGCUUUUCUUCGCGCUUCUGCCUUCAUUUCAAAUCAUGAAGUUCAAUCAAAUAUCUCUCAACUUACCACUACAGACAAAUUACAAUUUUAUUCACUUUUCAAAAUCGUCACUACUUUCGGGGGUGGACCGUUAAGAACGCCUUCUUUUUGGGACUUUGAAGGCAAAGCAAAGUUCGAAGCCUGGAAAUCUACAAAAGCCAGACUCGAAGGUCUUAUUGAAGAUGAAUCUCGCAACUCUCUUGUUGAACUUGCUGCUCGAGAAUACAUUGAAAAGGCUAGAGAAAUAGGAUGGGAUGACAUUUCUUCAAAAUCUACAGAUCCUUCGAUUACUCAAGAUUGGAAAACUGGAGAUUCAACACAGAAAGGUCUCACGAUGGAGCUUUCUAGGUUUCUAGCAGAAGGUGGCUUGAAUGAACUCCAAAUCACCAAUGAAGAGAUCGAUCAAGAUUCUGAUGAUGAAAGCACCCCGGACAUCUCACACCAGAUUGAAGAUGAGAAUUGCUCCCGAGACGAAUACGGCUUCGAGAUUGAUUCUACAUAUGAACCAAACACUUCUGAUACUGAAAUUAAUCAACAAGGAAUCAAGGCGCUUUCCAACCUUUCGCAUUCAGAACACAAUCCACCCGGCCUAAAUAUGAUUUCUGUUUCCAAGAUGCUGAACGCUGAAGAAGUAAACAAUAAAUCAUCAGAAGGAUCACCGUCUCUUCAUGAUUUAAUCAUCGAAAAUAAUGAAGUCGGUGUCAGGGAAUUCAUCGAUGAUGCAUUGCAGACCAAUGGAAAAGGUCCACUUGAAUGCAUCAUCAACCAGUUUAAUACUGAUGGGUACACACCACUUCAUCUCGCCUGUGAUCGAGGUCAUAUGUCUAUCGUCCAGCUACUGAUCCAAUCAGGCGCUAACCCAUGUCUCAAAGAUCAGCAGGACGAUCUCACCGCUCAGGAGCUAGCCCGUGAAGCUGGGAUGGCUGAGGUCGACAACUACCUCGAUCAAUUCGUAGCUCAACCUUGA